AUGGCUAUGACAGAUCUUCCACGUGAUUUGCUGGAGGAUAUACUCUCUAGGAUUCCGUACGAGUCUCUAAGAGAGUUGCGAUUUACUUGCAAACUGUGGAACGCUUUAUUCAAAGAUCGAGGAUUUAUAAAACAACGCUUCCACAAACCAGCAAGGGAAGUGGUCGUAAUGGUGUUUUCAUGGAUUUAUUUAUUGAACCCUGAUUUGGAUGGAGAUACUAUCGUACAUGCAUUCAGAAGAUUACAUGGUGAUGGUGGUAUCAGCUAUCUUAACUUAAAUCAAAGCGUUAUAUCUGAUAUGUUUUACUGCGACGGUUUACUGUUAUUACGAACCAUGGAAAAUAACAAGCUUGGGGUUUGGAACCCGUGUUCGGGAAAAUCCAGGUGGAUCGAACUUAUGUAUCAUAUUCAUUACACGAGUGGCAUAUUUUCCCUUGGAUACCAUCAAGACUUGUGCGAUAGCUACAAAGUCUUGAGUAUUUUGGAUAAUCCAAAACCAGAGUUAUAUAUCUAUGAGUUCAACUCUGAUUCAUGGAGGUCUCUUGAUGACGUCAUUCUCGGCUGCAUGAUAAAAUCUCGUGGGGUGUCUUUACAGGGGAAUACUUAUUGGAUUGCUUCACAAGUCAAAGACUUUUUCCUACUAAGUUUUGAUUUCGCAACAGAGACAUUUGGACGUCUAAAUCUUCCACUUCAGCGUUGUGGCUAUGAAACUUUGGCUCUAUCAGUUGUUAGGGACGAGAAGCUUUCGAGUUUGCAACAAAGUUUGGAUACAACAAAGGUGAAAAUUUGGGUGACUACCAAUGAUAAGAUUGAUCAGACCAAAGUCUUGUCGUGGACCAAGUUUUUGGCAGUGGAUUUGAACACUUAUUAUGAUAAGCGUAAGUUUACGUGUGAUGUAAGUUUCUUCAUCGAUGAAGAGAGGAAAGUCGCCGUAUGUUGGGACAGAGGAAUAGUGCACACUUUAGGAGAGGAUCAUCGCUACCAACAUAUCUUUUCUAAUGGAUUCGGAGAAGCUAUGUUCCAAGGUUGGUUCAAAUUCAACCUAAAAGGAGAGAAUUAA